AUGACACCGAUAUCUUCUGUCGCAUAUGGGUUGAGUGUGUCACUGACUAUUGUCGUCAUUAUCCUCAUGGGCAUCUUUGAAGACUGGUGGGGCAUUGCCGUGAUCGGCCUCCUUGUUUUAACGAGGCUUUGCAACACCAUUGUCAUCCGCAGGAGAUCAAAACCUGGCUGGUCGGGUGCGCCUGAGCCCGGGAGGAACGGCGACUUGCUUGUCCUGCUCAGCCAAGACCGUUGGAUACGGAUCCAGGGCACCGUAGACGACCUGAAGCUUGUGACGUCGGGUCAGUGGCUCCGUGACGAGACUAUAGCCGAGAGCUGGGCUACAGCCCUAGCCACAGUCAUUGUGUACCUUGACGCCGCCCUGGUCACAAACCUGAAGCAGUCUGGCCAGAUCCUAUUAUUGGUCCUUCUUAUUGCCUCUGCCGGGCUGCUCGCAAUCGUCAAUGGUACCACUAAGGACCUACAAAUGCAUGGCAAGAUUGUGAGCGUUUUGGGCAAACCGAAACCAUAUAAUCGACGACAGGAGCUCGCAGACGAGCUCAUUAAAGAGACAGGGCGGGACGACUGGGCUGUGCGGCUAGGGAUGAUAGUCAAAAACGGCUGCCAGUGCAAUGAUGCGAUGAGAGUGACAAUGUGACCCAAUUCGGGAACCCAUAGCGGAAAUAAUUAGCCAUAUGUUGAUGUACGCAGUAAUCAGGGAACUUUGAACUGAACUUGUCAA